AUUGUUGUAUUACAAUGACAUAUAUUUCAUUCUUGGUCUUGGUGAGCUAGGAAACUCAGCUCACUUAAAUUGUUCAUAACAAAAGACCUUUCUUAUCAUAUAUGCAACUUCCCCAUUCACAUACAUAUUCAUUAUUGAAACUCCCAAACCUUUGUUAUCAUCACCAUGCCGCCACCAAGCUUAACCACCGUCAAAGAAACAAAUCUUUUCCAUGUCAAUUCGCUCCCAUCCAUAACAUUCAAAAACUCCACAUUCCUCGCUAACAACAACCCAAUCCUCACUCAUGUCCCACCAAACAUAACCGUCACUCCACCGUCUCACACCAACACCAACGCUAACAUAGGCUGCUUUGUCGGUUUCAACGCCGACGAUCCACGCAGCCGCCACGUCGUUCCCAUCGGCAACCUCAACGGAAUCAAAUUUACAAGCAUAUUCAGAUUCAAACUAUGGUGGAGCACUCAAUGGACAGGUACCAACGGAAACGACAUAGAACACGAAACACAAAUGAUGAUACUCGAAAACGACACCGUUAAACGACGCCCUUACGUUCUCUUCUUACCACUCAUCGAAGGUUCAUUCAGAGCUUCACUUCAACCAGGACACAAUAACUGCGUCGACAUUUGCAUGGAAAGUGGGUCCACACGUGUCACCGAAUCAACCUUCAAAACAUGUUUAUACAUUCACGUUAACUUCGAUCCUUAUAAUUUAAUGAACGAAGCUAUUAAGGUAAUUCGAGACCACUUAGGAACUUUUAAGCUUCUAGAAGAGAAAACAACACCUGAUAUUGUUGAUAAGUUUGGAUGGUGUACAUGGGAUGCAUUUUAUCUUAAGGUGGACCCUCAAGGAAUAAAAGAAGGUAUUAAGAGUUUAGUAGAAGGUGGGUGUCCUCCGGGAUUUAUAAUCAUUGAUGAUGGUUGGCAAAAUUUUUGUCGUGAUGAUGAAGAACCUUUUAACGGUGGUGAUUGUUUAUUAAGUUUGAAUUGUUGUGUACCUGGGGAACAGAUGUUGGGAAGGUUAAUAAGUUUUGAAGAAAAUAAAAAAUUUAAGGAAUAUAGGGUGGAAAAUUGUGAUGAAUUUGGUUUGGGUGGAUUUGUGAAGGAGUUAAAGGAAGAAUUUGGAGGUUUAUUAAAGGAGGUGUAUGUGUGGCAUGCUUUAUGUGGGUAUUGGGGUGGGAUUAGGCCUAAUGUUGAAGGGAUGCCGGAAUCGGUGGUGGUGGUUCCGAAGUUGUCACCGGGUGCGGAGGUGACUAUGACGGAUUUGGCGGUGGUGAAGUUAUUAGAGAAUGGAGUGGGAUUGGUGAAGCCACAAGAGGCUUCUAGUUUGUACCAGGGACUUCACUCUCACCUUCAAUCCGUUGGAGUUGAUGGUGUCAAGAUUGAUGUCACACACGUUUUAGAGAUGGUGUCAGAGGAAUAUGGUGGUCGUGUUGAAGUCGCUAAAGCGUAUUACAAGGCACUUACUGAUUCUGUGAGAAAACAUUUCAAAGGCAAUGGUGUCAUUUCCAGCAUGCAACAGUGCAACGAUUUCAUGUUCCUUGGUACACAAACCAUAUCACUUGGACGAGUUGGUGAUGAUUUUUGGUGCACUGACCCAGCUGGAGAUCCAAAUGGUACAUAUUGGCUGCAAGGAUGCCACAUUGUACACUGUGCCUAUAACAGCUUAUGGAUGGGAAAUUUUAUACAUCCAGAUUGGGACAUGUUCCAAUCAAAUCAUCCUUGUUCUUAUUUCCAUGCUGCUUCUCGUGCCAUCUCUGGUGGACCAAUUUAUGUAAGCGAUUCUGUUGGUAACCACAACUUCAACUUACUUCACAAGAUUGUUUUACCUGAUGGUUCCAUUUUGCGCUGUCAACAUUAUGCACUUCCAACUAUAGACUCUUUGUUUCAUGACCCUUUACAUGAUGGCAAAACAAUGCUCAAAAUUUGGAACCUCAACAAAUAUAGUGGAGUUUUAGGUCUGUUCAAUUGCCAAGGAGGAGGUUGGUGCCCUGUGACUAGGAGAAACAAGAGUGCCUCUGAGUUUUCACACUCUGUUACUUGCGUUGCAAGUCCUAAAGAUAUUGAAUGGAAUCAAGGAAAAUAUCCAAUCUGCAUUAAAGGGGUUGAUAUAUUUGCUGUUUACAUGUUUAAGGAUGAAAAAUUGAAGCUACUUAAGUACACAGAGAGUAUAGAAGUUUCACUUGAGCCUUUUAGUUUUGAUCUAUUAACAGUUUCUCCAGUGAUGGUCUUACCCAAAAAUUCAAUCCAAUUUGCUCCAAUUGGAUUGGUGAACAUGCUUAACUCAGGGGGUUCAAUUAUGUCAUUGGAAUUUGAUAAGCAAGAAAAUUUGGUGAGAAUUGGGGUGAGAGGACAUGGAAAAAUGAAGGUAUUUGCAUCAGAGAAGCCAGUAAGUUGUAUGAUUGAUGGAGAACCUGUGAAAUUUGAUUAUGAUGGUAGUGUGGUAAUGCUUAAAGUCCUGUGGCCUGGUUCUUCAAGGUUCUCUAUGGUUGAGUAUUUAUUCUGAAUUAUAAUUUGGGGUCUUAGAGAUUCUUGAAGAUAAGAUAAGUACUAUAGAGGCCAAUCAAUAUUUCACUAAAAUGAUAGUACAAAUAAAUAUUUGUGACUAGAGUUGUAUCUGUUACUCUCUCCUUAAUAAAAUAUAAGUAAAUAAAAAUUGAUAUAUUA